UUUGAUGUAUUAACCUCCACCCCCUUUCCCUUGGGCAGGGGUUUCUCCCCAAGAUGGCGGUGCCUGCUUUAAGGGGUACGGGGGGUGGGGUUACCACCCCCACCGCCUCUCUGGGCUAUUGUCUGGCCCAACUACAGAAGGGGACCGAGCCGGGGCUAGGCAGGGCCUUGCUGGCUCUCAGGACCCAACACAUCAAGGAGGCGGGGGGCAUUGCCCGUUUCAGGACCCGUGGGGGGCUGGCGCCCCUCCUGGGGGUCCUGGCUGGCGCCCCGCGGCCGCGGCGCACCUUGGACCUUGCCCUCAGCAUCCUGGGGAACUGCUGCACCGAGGGGGGCAGCCGCACCCAGGUGCGCGAGCUUGGGGGCAUCCCGCUCCUUGUUACUAUCCUGAAAUCGCUUGCCGUGGAAAGCAUCCAGAAUCGGACAGCACGGGCUCUCGGCAACUUGGCUGUAGACGCGGAGAACUGCCAGGCCAUACACGAAGCAGGAGCAGUGCCCCCCCUGAUCCAGGUCCUCACUACCUCCCAGGACAGCGAGUGCUUGCAGAGCGUGAUCAGGGCGGUGCGCUACCUGGCGGACACGCCUGCUCAUCGCCUCGUGUUGGCCCAGCAGGGGGCGGUCCGCCCUGUCGCCGAGCGCUUGGCCUCCUCUCUGGAUGACGCCGCCCUUGCCGUGGCAGCCCUGCGCGCCCUCCUGGAGCUGACCCGGGGCUGCAGCCGGGACUGCGCGGAGCAGCUCAGCCUGGGGGGCGGGGUGGUGCCCCUCGUGGCCUUGGCCAGUCACGACAAACGGGCCAUGCGGGAGUCUGCGCUUGCGGCCCUGGCCAACCUCUGCCUGCAGGGCAUGCUGAGGCCCGCGGUAGGCAAUGCCGGGGGGGUGGAAGUGCUAGUGGGGGAGAUCCGGCGACGGCAGGGCUCGGGGGCACCUCUCCAUCACUUGGUCAAGGCUCUGUGCCUGCUGUGCCGGGAGGCGGUCAACAGAUGCCGGGUGCGGGAGGCCGGGGGGCUGGAGCUGCUGCUCUCCCUGUUGCGGGACCGAUGUCAGAGCACCUCCCACGCCCGCGUGGUGCUGGCCUUCGUCGCCUUUUUCUACGAUGAGGAGGCCCUGGAGGUGCUGCAGGUGGGAGGGCUGGUGCCCUUGCUGGUUGCGAGGCUGGCUGCACAGGGGCAGUGGAGGGGCCAGGAGCAGCCGCUGCAGCAGCGGCGGGAGGAGGAGGAAGAGGAGGAACAGGAAGAUGAGCGAGACGCAGCAUCGUUUGACUUCCCCUCUGAAGGGCGUCGUGGGGACCAGGCUACACCUGGAGAAGAGUCUUCCAGCUUCCAGCGUCUCAGAUCCUGGCUUCUCUCUGAAGGCUUUAUUGCCAGUCCAGGGGACCUUUCCCCACAGUGGUCCCCUGAUACCACCCUUUCAGAAUUGGAUACCCAAGGAAGCAUCAGCCCCAACCGGGAACUACAGGAUGACUCCCUGGGGCCCUGCCCUGCCAUGUCUGGAGUCAAAACGCGGUUUAGGACUGAAUCCCCAGACUUCUUAAACUCUCCGGUGUUGGAUAUGUCCCUGGUGGGGCAGCCAAGUGCUUCCGAGGCAGCAAACCCAGCAGAGGGAGAUGGAAUUCAUCCAGAGCAGGGUCUAGGCCCAAGGGCAUUUCCUGUGCUGGACGAACCCGAAAGUCUCCAUUCCGAAUGCGUCCUUGAGAUGUCAAACUCAGACAGGAGUGAGGAGCAAGAAGCAGCUGGGACCAAUAAGCAGCAGACGGAGCUGGUGAGAGCAUCGCAAGAGGCAACUUUAGUGGAGGGGCUUCCUGGCCAGGAUGUGUUGAAGUGGCAAAGCUUAUCAUCUUCAGGGGCAAUGCAAAUUUCAGAGGUGAUCAAUUCCGGAAAAGGAGGUGUCAAGGUAGAGCAGUUAGCUUGGAUUGCGUCGGAAACUGACCAAAAUGAACCCAGGCCCAGUAACUUGCACUUAGUUCCAACAACCUCAAUUCCAAGCAAGAGUGACCAAAAUCCACCGACACCCAGACCUGUAGCCAAAGCACUGAUCACAGAAGAGGUGUGCACGGUCCCCCAAAAGCUGAAUGUUCAGAAUCUCCCAGCUUCUCCUGAUGAAUACAGAAUGCCUACCACUUGCUGGAAACGUCGUGCCAAAUUUCGGUCAACAUCUGAGCAAACAACACCCCCUCAGCUAUCGCGCCCUGCUGGAGAGGCCUCAUCACAGUUGCUGUCCUUGGCUCUGCCGCUCUCCUUCUCCCCACAUGGGGGCGACAGAGAGUUAUAUGCCCCAGAAGCCCCUGCCCUGAUGCUCCUUUCACGAUUUUCUCAAGCAGAGGAUCCCAGCCGCAGUUUGGUGACGCCAGUCACACUGCAGGGACUUUUGCGCUACAUCACUGGGAGCCCCGGCCCCUCAUCGCGCUGCCUGCGGCUGCUGCAUCGCCUCACCUGCAACCCGUCCUGCCUGGAGGCCUUUGUGCGUUCCUAUGGGGCCUCUCUCAUCCGGGCUUGGUUAAUCCUGGGCGUGUCUCCUGAGCAGGCCACUUCUGCUGUCACAGCCGGACAUGAAGAGGAAGGGCCAGCCAGUCUCGGUGCCGGACUGCCUGACACCAGGAGAUUUAAGGAAUUUGGAGAGACAUUGCUGAUGAACCUCUGUGUCCAGGCGGAGUCCCGCUUCGGGGAGGGCGUGCUCCACCACAUGCUGCUGUCGGGCUCUGAAUCAGACCAGGUGGCCUGUGCCCUUGCCAUUCCCCUGAUCUGCAGGAAGGAGUCCCUCUGUCGGAAGCUUCUGCUGGACCAUUCCGGCCUGCGUCUCCUGGUACGGGCCCUGGUGCAAGACCCGGCCCCCCAUUUUGUCUUCUAUGCUUCUGAUUCACUCUCGCUCCUUCUGGGCUCCCAAGUGCAGAGCCCUGCCCGGGUCUUCUCCCCCGCCUUGAAGCGGCCCCGCCUGGAUUCCCCGCUGCCCUGCUCGUACUCCCGUCUCAUGGAGGAAGGCAGGGCUGACCUGCACUUUCAGCUUGAUGCUGGUAUCUCGGUGCCUGCCCUGCGCCAGGCCUUCAGCGGCGCCUCGGAGGUCUUCUGUGCCAUGCUGAGUGGCAGCUUCGCAGAGGCACGCCAUACCACGGUGACACUUCGGGACGUAUCUCCUGAUCCCUUCCUGGCUCUUACACAUUUUCUCCAUGGCUGCCGUGGAAAGCCCUGCCCAGUGUUGGGCAUGCCUUUCCCCCUUGCCCUCGCUGAAGACAUUUUCAAGGUUGCCGGACAGUAUCUCCUUCCUGAGCUCCAGUCUCUGGUUGAUGACGCUCUAAGCCAGGACUUCCUGUGCCCCGGGACUAUUGGCGAAGUGUACUGCUUGGCUGAACGGCAGAACCGGCCCUGUCUGCUUCAGCGAUGCGUCGCCUACGCUCUCCAGGAGGUGGCAAAGCCCACUCUCCGAGCUGCUGCAUUGGCUGAGCUGCUCCGAUCAGCUGGCAGUCCCAGUGGCUUAGUUGAGGAGGUGCUUCGGGUGGUGAUGGAGUCCCCAUGGGGCUCUGGUUCAGAGAGCCAGCUGGGCUGAUGGAUUAAGGCCCUUAUCUCCUUGUGCUCCGGUCUCACAUUUGCAACUGAAGUGUCAGUGUGUUAAUGGAACAUCCCAAUAUGAUGUCGGCUGGAGGGUGAGGGGAAUAAAAGGGAUAACACUCAAAGCAGGGUAGUCUGGGCUGGUGGAUGCUCCCGUUGUGCUCAGAGUGGAUAAAAGAGUGCCCCUUGGUAUAAAGUAUGUAUUCGGUUGGAGGGGAUUGCAAAGGGCUAGAAAAGAAGUUGGGGACAGGUGAAGCAGAAAUGUGGGAGUGGGAGAAGUGAAUUGAAGGGCAGAAAAGUCAGAUGGUAAAAUGUGAGUUCAGGUUUUAUCUAGAGGGAUCACAAGCACUACUUUGGAGAAGAUUCCAUCCUGUCAAGGGCAGUCCAAAAGCCAGCCCUCAUGUUGGCCUGGUACUGGUAGAAAUCAAAAGCAUCCGUGUGUCCUUCUGAUAGCGAGCGUGCCAGGAAGGGACCACAUUUGGAGACAUACCAUGGUGGGACUUCUCUUUCAGUGGCUGCUGCUCAGGUGAUACAACCCCUGACUUAGGAUAUAGAUUUGGAGACAGUGCGGGAGGAGGUGGCUUUCGGGAGCAGACACUCGGUCCAUGCUGCUUAGCUUCCCUGGCAAAAGGCUGACAGCCCACCUGGCACAAGCAAGCAGCAGAAGGAAACGCAGACUGCUGAGCUGCUCUUCUUCUGGAGAUGGGCAGCUUGCAUGAGGUGCUCGCUUUGAAGAGGAGAUGCUUGAACUGGGAGCCUGGGCUAGAGGGAGGUGCAGCCCUGUGGGAAAUGUCUUGCAGAUAUGCUAUUGUACAUAGAGAAAUACUGACAACAAAGAGGUGCUCCAAAGCUC